UCCCAUGUAGCGGCCGCCACCAUGCUGAGGACGCUCCCCCGAGUGCUGCGACCCCUGGUCCCCCGGGGCCCCGGCUGGAGCCCGGCCCGCGCCUGGGCCUCCCGGGACGCGGCUCUGGGCGCGGAGAUCCAGGUGGGCGCCCUGCGAGGGGACCGGGAUGCAGGUAUCACUGAAAUUUUGAUGAACAGACCUCAGGCCCGAAAUGCUCUGGGCAAAGUCUUUGUCAGUGAGUUAUCAGAUGCCCUGGAUGAGCUUCGCCUUGAUAGGAGCAUCCGAGUGGUCGUGUUUAAGAGUAGCGUCAAGGGGGUAUUCUGUGCGGGUGCUGACCUAAAAGAAAGAGAGCAAAUGAAUGAGGCCGAGGUGGCUGCCUUCGUGCACAAGCUCCGGAGUCUGAUGAGCCAGAUUGCCACAUUCCCUGCGCCUACCAUUGCAGCCAUUGAUGGAUUUGCUCUGGGUGGGGGCCUUGAGCUGGCCUUGGCCUGUGAUCUCCGUGUGGCAGCUUCUUCUGCCAUCAUGGGACUGAUAGAAACAAGCCGAGGACUCCUUCCAGGGGCAGGAGGGACCCAGCGCCUGCCUCGGUGUGUGGGAGUAAGCCUGGCCAAGGAGCUCAUCUUCACCGGGCGCCGAAUCAGUGGGGAAGAAGCGAAAAGCAUCGGGCUGGUGAACCACGCGGUGCCCCAGAACCAGGAGGGCACCGCUGCCUACCACAGAGCCCUAGAGCUCGCCAGGGAGAUAGUGCCACAGGCUCCCUUUGCAGUGAGAAUGGGAAAAGUGGCCAUUGACAAAGGAAUGGAGGUGGACAUCGCGUCCGGAAUGGCCAUUGAAGGAAUGUGUUAUGCCCAGAACAUCCCAACCCGGGACAGGCUGGAGGGCAUGGCAGCCUUCCGGGAGAAGCGGCCACCCCACUUUGUUGGCGAGUGACU